AUGGUGGCACCCAGCAAUAUUGGGCUACCAUUUCGUGGAAAUUUUCCCAAUCCAAAAAAGAAAAGUGUGGACAAGGUUGGGGAGUUUCUGAAGAUGAGCUUCAAUUCUUCAUGCAACACUUGUACAUUGAACAAUAAACAAAGGUUUUCAUUGUUAGUGAGUGUAAGUUCUCCUUGUAGCCCUUGGAAAGUGAACUCAAUCAAUAAAAUGAAACAUGUGCUGUUGGCUCCUGGCAUGUUGGCAAAUGAAAGCAAUGCAAAAACAGCCUCUGUUACCUUCUUGCGUGGAAUGUUUGUGGAGGACAGGUUUGUAUAUAGGCAAAUUUUUGUUGUCAGGUCUUACCAAAUUGGAUCAGAUAAAACUGUCACUAUGGAGACACUCAUGAAUUUUCUUCAGGAAACUGCUUUAAAUCAGGUCUCUAGUUGUGGGCUAAGUAAGAACGAUUUUGGAAUUACUCAUGAGAUGGACCUUCGCAAACUCAUUUGGGUUGUUACUCGUAUUCAAAUUCAGGUCAAGAGAUAUAGCAAAUGGGGGGAUGAAGUUGAGGUUGAUACUUGGUUUGAUGCUGCCGGAAAGAGUGCAAUCCGAAGAGACUGGAUAAUUAGGGAUCAUUAUACCAAAGAGAUGAUAGCAAAAGCAACCAGCACAUGGACAAUCAUGAAUAGAGAAACAAGAAGAUUAUCCAAGAUACCUGAAGAAGUUAGACAAGAACUUGCUCCUUUCUAUUUUAAUAGGAUUUCCAUUCCUACCGAAGAAAUAGAUCAUCAAAAGAUACACAAGCUCACCGAUGACAUUACCAAAACAUUUCGAUCUGGAAUUGCUCCAAAGUGGAACGACAUGGAUGUUAAUGAGCAUGUUAACAAUGUGAAAUACAUUGGAUGGAUUUUAGAGAGCAUGCCAAGAGAAGUGCUAGAUAAUUAUAAUAUGACAAGCAUGACUAUAGAGUUUCGACGUGAAUGUACACAAUCAAAUGUGUUAGAAUCUAUGAGUAAUCCAUCAUCUAGUGUGAUUGGUGCCUCUGAUAAUAACUCUGUCAACAGAAAACCAGGCUUGCAAUAUACGCACUUGCUUCGUCUUCAAGAUAAUAAAGCAGAGUUGGUUCGAGCUAGAACGGAAUGGAAUCUGAAGCAAAAAAGAUAA